CAUCCCUAGAAUGAUACGCGAGGGUAUUGAAACUAAUAAAUGUUCGAAUUUUAAUAGAGAUGAGGGUUGGCAUAUACUAGCGGCUUGGAAUCUAUAGUUAUUAGUCCAGAUCACACACUGUAAAAGCAAAAGAUACGGUUAGUUCAUUCUGUAAGUAUUAAAUGAAAGGGAGCAAUAGGGAUGAUGACUGGGUAAAAAAAAUGCAAUUCUAUUUAGUCCGUCAGUCAUAUAAUACAAAAAUAUUAGAUACGUAUUUUUUUUUACUUCAAUUUAACAAGAAAUAGCUUAGAUAACAGGCAUUAAAGUUGAAGAGUGGGGGCUCGCUACGUCACAGUUGAGUAGAAAACGUACUUUAACGUGACGUCAUGCGAAAUUUCAACUCAAUGUAACGCCGUAAUUUUAUGAUUACGAAAAAAAUUUAAAAAUACGUGUUUAAUAUUUUUUAACACUCUACCUGACGGACAAACAAACAAAAAUUAGUCAUCAUCCCUAUUCACUUAUCUUGUCAGAGUUUGUUUCGGCAGUUCUUCUCAGACAAGACUUUCAAAGUUGGAACUGGUGGUAUUUUACGGUCAAAUGUAUUUUUAAAAUAAUUUGAUUUAAUUAAAUAAAAUAAUGUAAACAUUGCCAUAAAAUAUAAUUUUCUUGUAUCGUGAAUGUCUCCAAUAGUAGGUAUUGGUUUGAAGGUAGCUAUACUUUUUAAUUAAAAAGACAACUAACUCGUAAAGGGUCCGAAACGUCAAUAAAACUAAAUCCGAACGCGAUGGAACCUUUUAAAAGUUGUUUAAAACACUAUUUGUAAAGUGCCAGUAUUAGGUAUUUGUAUCAUAUCAAACCGUGAGUGUUUAUAUGAUAUCACGUGUUGUAGAGGAAGUGUCAGAUCUGGGCGUGCGCACGGUGGGGCUGACCACCAACGGUCUGGUGCUGACGCGGCGGCUGCCCGCGCUGCAGCGCGCCGGCCUCAGCGCGCUCAACGUCUCGCUGGACUCGCUGCGCGCGGACAGAUACGAGCGGAUGGCCAGGAGACCGGGUUUGAGCCGUGUGCUGGCGGGCAUUGAUCUGGCGCUGCAGCUCGGCUACCGGCCGCUGAAACUCAACGUGGUACUUAUGAAAGGAUUCAACGAUGAUGAAAUCUGCGACUUUGUGGAGUUGACACGCGACCGCGAGAUUGAAAUAAGGUUCAUAGAGUUCAUGCCGUUCACCGGGAAUUCGUGGGAUGACAGCAAGCUGGUUCCAUACCGGACCGCGUUACGGGAAAUCGCGAAGCGUUACGAAGUGGAGCCGGCCGAGGUGCGCGCCAGCGAUACCGCGCGCGUUUGGAACGUACGCGGGCACAAGGGGACGGUGGCCUUCAUAGCGUCCAUGACGAGACCGUUCUGCAACACGUGCAAUAGACUGAGGCUCACCGCCGACGGUAGUAUCAAGGUAUGGACAUAGGUUUGUGUGAAUUAAUGGUUAUGGUUACGAAACUUUUUUUUUUUUUUGAAAAUGAAAAAAAAAAAAAAAAGGAAACGAAGACGGUGAUAUAAGGAGAGGGUAGACAAGGAGAACUUUGAAACUAUAACCGAGUGGGAAAUAAGUAAAUAUUAUAUUCUUAAUGAAAAAGUCGGGCAUGGUAGGUCGUGGGGAACUCAGUGGUUAGAACAUGGGCCUGGAUUGCGAACAUACAUAGUGUCAGGGACAAAGUGGAUAUCUUAAGUAUUUUUCAGUGUAGCACUGUGACUGCAAAAUUUAUCAAAGAUAACAAGUAUAAAUAGUUAAUAUUGGUUCAUUUACAUCAUGAACCAAUAUUAGAUGCGGUUUUCAUAGGCAGGGUGAUUUAAAAGGAAGGUUUUUAUGUAUAAUAAAAACCACGCGCGAGAAGCCGCUGGCGGAAGACUAGUGCAUUUAUAAAUCCAUUAUAUGGUAUUUCACAUUUUUAUAAAUCAAGUAUAUGGUAAUUCGUUCUUUUGGUAUUCGGGUAAUUUAUUAUAAUAUCAUAAGUAAUUAUAAUUUUGUGUAGCUAUUUAC